AUGGACUCAUCACCAGAACAAGAACAGCCACGCAAGGGGAAACACAGGUUGCCGCCAAAAUCAGUUUUCCUCUACUUCUCCUUCUUUCUCUUCAUUUUCUUCUUCUGCUCCUCAAACCACUCUUUUUACUCUCACCCCUCCCUCCCUUCCUCUACUUUCGCCACCCCUUUUCCUCUCACCCUCCCAAUACCCCUCCACGUGCACCACCGUAUUAUCUUUCCCGAUCACCUUCUUCUCACACUCUCUCACCCCGAAAUUCUCCCUUCUCACCAGCUCCACUGCGUCUACUACACCCUCCUCAACGCUUCAACCAAUCCGCUUCUCCUCCCGCUUCUCUCCACCGACCGCUACGAUGAAUUCCGCUCCAUAGCGCGCUGUCCGCUUCCAGGUACAAAUUUCUCCGCCGUCGAUUUGAGCUGGCGGGGCGAGAAUGAUCACCGAGACUUCCAAGUCCCGAUGAAAGCAACGCCUCACAACUGGGAAAACUUGACGUACGAGGCCUUUCUAGACAACGACACCGUGGUGGUGUUCGUUAAAGGACUGAACCUCCGACCGCACAGGGUUUCCGACGCGAGCUUAUUCCGGUGUCACUUCGGGGUACGAAACGAGGCAUUUUGGUUAACCUCGAAAGCGGUCUCGGCGGCUCAGGAAGUCGUGCGGUGCGCGUUGCCGCAGAGUAUUCGGAACAGCCCCGACAAGGCUCGCGGACUAAGCAUCAGCGUGAGUCACGUGCGGCGGCGCGAGGUUGCCAUCCCCUCCGUGGCGAGAAUUGGCGGAGGUGAAAAAACAAGCACGGGGAAGGAGAAAAGGUUUGAACUGUGCGCGUGCACGAUGGUGUGGAACCAGGCAGGUUCGAUGCGGGAGUGGGUUAUGUACCACGCAUGGCUGGGCGUGGAGCGGUGGUUUAUUUACGAUAACAACAGCGACGAUGGGAUUGAUGAGGUGGUAAGAGAGCUUGAGGAUAAAGGGUACAACAUUAGCAGAGUUACAUGGCCUUGGGUUAAAAGCCAAGAAGCAGGGUUUUCGCAUUGUGUGCUGAGAGCGAAAGAGGAGUGCAAGUGGGUGGGGUUCUUUGACGUGGACGAGUUUUUCUACUUCUACAAGAUGCAACGGAAUGUUCUGAGAUCAAUGGUGGCGAAUUUCUCGUCGUCGAACUCAGUUGCAGAGAUAAGGACAGGGUGUCAUAAUUUCGGUCCUUCCGGACUAACGACCCACCCUAAACAGGGAGUGGCCGUAGGGUACACCUGCCGGCUUAGGACUCCCGAAAGACACAAGUCAAUUGUACGGCCUGAUUUGGUUGACGUUAGUCUUUUGAACGUGGUGCAUCAUUUUGAAGUGAGGAAAGGGUUUGGAUCCCGUAACGUGCCUCUUUCUGUUGCGGUUAUAAAUCACUAUAAGUACCAAGUGUGGGACACGUUUAAGGCAAAGUUCUUGAGAAGGGUUGCUACCUAUGUUGUGGAUUGGAAAGAGGAUGUGAACAUUGGAUCCAGGGACAGAGCGCCUGGACUGGGAACACAAGCAAUUGAACCACGGGAUUGGAGAUUGAGAUUUUGUGAGGUGUGGGACACUCGUCUCAAGGACUUUCUUCUUUCUAAGUUUUGUGACCCCCUAACGGGGUUGUUACCCUGGGAAAGCUCUUCGGAAUAG